UGUCUAUGUGUAAGAAUGUAGGAAGUGUAGUGGCUUUAACACAGACCACUGAUGAGUCAGUCAUUCAUCAGUGUGACAGGAUGGAGCUCUGUCCACUCUGUGUCAUGAUCUUGCUUACCUCACUUAUCCGAGUUGGGCAAGCUCAAGCUGGGUUUAAACCAGUUGUGACUGUGCAGCCGGAUGCAUCACAAAUAUUCAGCGGAGAGACAGUUACACUCACAUGUAAUAUUAGGGGAGGAAGUGGACUAUACUACUGGUACAAGAAUGGGGUUAAUGUUCACAGAUCUGCUGAAAAUGUCUACACUAUAAAAGUAGAUCAGAGUCACAAAUACAAAUGUUUUGGUUCUAAGUAUGGACAGUCCACGGCAUUUAGUGAUGAAGUGACUCUCUCAGUAACAGAGAGACCAAAAGCUGUUCUGACUCUGCAGCCUGAUGGACAGAUAUUCAGUGGAGAGGAAGUCACUUUCACAUGUGAAAUACGAGGACAUGCAGACACUGAGUGGAUGUACAUCUGGUAUAAAGAUGAUGUGCAACCUUUCUCCUACACUGAGAGCAGGGAAUAUUCAUUCAUUACUGCUGAGUUUGCCAGCGGUAAAUACACCUGCAGUGGACAGAGAAAAAGUGACUCUCAGACCUCAGAGACCAGCAACGCUGUUACACUCACUGUGUCAGCAAAACCCAAACCGACUGUGAAUACGUCUCAAAGCUCCGUCUACACUGGAGACAGCGUUACUCUGAGCUGUAAUCUGCUGUCUAAUGGAUGGACUUUUCUCUGGUACAAAGACCAGCGACUUCUAUUCCAAGUAGCUAACCUCACCCACACACUCCAUGAUACAGUCUCUAAUGCUGGUGUAACAGUGUAUCAGUGUAAAGCACGCAGAGGAAACUACGACUCAGAGGUCAGUGAUCCAGUCACGAUUACAGUGAGAGUGCUACCAAAACCUGUGGUGUCCAUAAAGCCUGAUAAACAGGUGUACAGAGGAGAGACUGUCACUCUCAGAUGUGACAUACAGGAUGAAGUGGACUCUUACUGGAACUACAGCUGGACUAAAGAUGGUUCUGGUGUCAGCAGUGAACAGGAGUACAGAAUCAGUGGUGCUGAAAUGACACACACAGGUAAAUACACCUGUAGAGGAACAGAGAGAGGAGGCUCACACUCCUCACACACCAGUGAUGCUGUUACACUGACUGUAUCAGAAAAACCUAAACCUAAACUCACAUCAAGCCAUGAAGGAGCUAUACUGAAAGGAAACUCAGUGACUCUGGACUGUACACUGUGGCUGAAGUCUGCUGGAUGGAAGUUUUACUGGAUCACACCCAAACAGAGCACUGAAACUGAAACUGAGACUGAGACUGAAACACACUCCUACAUCAUCAGCUCAACUAGAGUCUCUGAUGGAGGACAGUACAAGUGCAGAGCUGGAAGAGGAGACCCAGUCUACUACACACACUACAGUGAUGCAUUCUGGGUAAAUGUUACUGAGAGUCCUAAAGCUGUGGUGACUAUAAAGCCUGAUAAACAUGUGUUCAGAGGAGAGACUGUGACUCUCAGAUGUGAAAUUCAGGGAGGAGGAGACACUGAGUGGACAUACAGCUGGUAUAAGAACAAUUACACACAAUACCCCAGAACACAGGAGCUCAGCAUCAGCUCAGUUAGAAAUUAUGACAGUGGUACAUAUACCUGCAUAGGGAGGAAGAGCAGUGACUAUCAGAGCUCAGAGAUCAGUGAUGCUGUUCCACUCACUGUAUCAGAUGCAGCAGAAGCAGUAGUGCAUGUGUCUCCACUGAGCUGGCUGACUGAAGGAGACUCAGUGACUCUAAGCUGUGAGGUUAAACACUCCUCUACAGGCUGGACAUUCAGCUGGUACACAGAGAUUCCCUACAGAGACAGUCAGGGUUCCCUCAGGUUCAAUACAGUGCUCCUCUCAGACAGCAGCAGAGGAUCUGGAGGCUCCUACACUCUCAGUCCAGUUACUCUGAAUCACACAGGAGUUUAUAUGUGCAUAGCAGAGAGAGGAGAACGAGUCUUUCACUCACAGUACAGCAACAUAAAGCCACUGUGGAUCACUGGUAAAUCUCCUCCAAUGUCUCUGAUCAUCAGUCCCAGCAGAACUCAACACUUUACUGCUGAGUCUCUCUCACUGAGCUGUGAGGACCAGAGUGACUCUCCUGGAUGGACAGUGAGAGGAUACACACACAGCGAGACAUUGUUUGAUUGUUCAUCAGUUUCAGGAUCUACAUGUAACAUCAGCUCCCUCUCUACAUCACACACUGGAGUUUACUGGUGUCAGUCUGGAUCUGGAGGACGCAGUAAUCCUGUCAACAUCACAGUGCACAAUGGUGAUGUGAUCCUGGUCAGUCCUGUCCAUCCUGUAACUGAAGGACAUCCUCUGACUUUACGCUGUUUAUAUCGCAACCCAAAGAUCUCAGACUCUGUUGCUGAUUUCUAUAAAAAUAAUUUAGUCCUCCAGAACCAGACUAAAGGAGAGAUGACCAUCCACACUGUCUCAAAGUCAGAUGAAGGUUUCUACCACUGUAAACACACAAAGAGAGGAGAGUCACCGAAAAGCUGGGUUUCAGUCAGCAUUCAAAUCUCAGGUUCUGGAUCCAAUAUUGUUAUAGUAUUUGUGGCUGUGGGACUGAGUUUGACCUUGCUGUUCAUCUUUCUUUUACUGAUCCUGCUGUGGUGGCACAAAUCCAACAAAGGAAAGGACAGAGACACACAGCAGAACAUCAAUCAGACACCAGGUCAGAAUCUGAGUCAGUCAGGAGCUGAGGAUUCUCAGUCAGGAUACACACCAUUUCAGACCAGAGCUGAGGACUCGCAAUCAGGAUACACACCACUGCAGACCGGUGAUGCUGCAGCUGAACCCUGUGGGGCCAUUUAUGCACAGGUCAUGAAGAAAAAUGAACCAUACAAGAAUAAAGAUGAUGAUGCUGGACCCAGUGAUGUGACUUACGCUGAGCUUGAACUCAAGCCACAGAAAAAAGCAAGGAAAAAUCAAGUGAAGGCCAAUGUAGAUUCUGAAACUGUUUAUUCAGAGCUGAAGCAGAACAAAUAGAUUGUGAAAAAUACAGAGACGGUGAGAUGAUGGUGGAGAAAAGGAUUAGAUUUUACAUAUAUAAGGUAUCCAAAAUACUUCCACACAACUGAAACAAAUGCCAAAAAUGUAUGUCUUUGGUUGCUUAAUACCAAGAAAGCCUAAGCUGAGUGCACCAACUGUGGCUGUAAUGUAACAUAUCUUCCAGACUCUAUCGUUUUAUUGCAUUUUUAUUGCACUGUGACAAGCCUGUUUGAAGGCUCAUGUGCACAGAGCAUACAGUUUUAUCUCCAGCAAAUGUCUCUACUUGCCUCUAUCCAUGUGGACAUAUGUAGCAUCGGUAUAUGUAAAGUUAGAGGUGCUCAGUACAGUGCAAUCUCUCAAUUUAUUUCCAUACUGUUAAAGCUUGGAAUUGUAAUUUAUUAUUAUUAUUAUUUUUUAUUUGUAAGCAUUUCAGUACUUUUGUACUUUUCAGUUGCUACUUUGAUUUGAUGAACUGCUGAUUUUCUUAAGGGCAUUGUUCACUGAUUCACCUCCAGUAGCUUAACAAUGACAUCCUAUGAACCAAUGCAAGAAUUCAUUCUUAUGCAUCAUUAUAAUUGUAAUAUACAAGAAUAAUAACGACAAGUAUUGCAGUAUAAAUCAUCAACUCUGUUUUUCAUUGAUAUUUUGAAUUCUAGCAAUACUGUACAUCUGCAGCAAACAGAUUAUAAACAGAGGUCACUUUGUUUAAAAUGUGGCCAAAGAUAAACAGACAGCAUGAAAAAUUUCAGAUCAGGAAAUCUGAUCAUGGAGAAAUCUCCACGCAUCACGGAGACUGAGAAUAGUCAGUCUGCUGUAAGAUAUUGCAAACUACAAAAAUGCUUUCAUGUAUUUUCUGUAUAAAGGGGUUCAUUUUAUUACUUUUAUACAUGUGUCAAGAGCUUAAAACAGUGCCAUCUUCUGGGUAUAAUUCAUAAAUCUAAUAUAAAAAUCUAUGCAUUAUUAAAUUCUAUAUGUUUGAAAAUGUACAUUUUUACCUUUAUGUUUUAAAUUUGUGGGUUUUUGUAAAUGUAAACUCUACAAACUGCUCUUGGACCUGUUCCUCAAAUAUAUUUUGAAAAGGACAACUUUGGGCCUGUUACAAUUAAGUUAUUUGUGUAAAUACGUAUCUCUUUCUUUUAAUUGUUCCUGCUGUGUUUUAAUACAUAUUUGCUUUGUUUCUUUUUUGAGGGUGUUACUUUCCUUAUCCUGACUAAUGUGUGACAUCCUGUGAAGCAACUCAAAUUAGUACAUAAUCACAAGUGAUUCACAAAGUCUAUUUAUUUAUUUCACAAGCAUGGCAACUGCCCUAUGUUCAAGGGGGUGAAUACUUAUAUGCAAUAUGAAUUGCUGUCUGUUUAUGUGAUUUGUAAGAGACAUUCAGUUUGUGCAU